GUGUUAUUUGUUUGUUGUUGUUGGCACGUCUCAAAUCAAGUUUGGGGUCCAAAUCCUGGCUCCAACCUUUCUGUGUGGACUUUGCUUGUUCUCCCUGUGCUUGUGUGUGUUUUCUCCAGGUAUCCUGGCUUCAUUGGAGGGAGCCAGUCCAGCGUUUACCCUGGCUCUUACCCAAAGUCAGCUGGAGUGGGUAUUUUUUACAAUGGAUUUUUAUGUUAAUUCUUGUUAUUCAUCUUAGUGUAUCUUGUAUUUGUAUUUACACCACUCACAAAAAGGAAUAUUGGCCUUACAGAUUAAAUUGAAGUGUAUUAUAACAUACCGAUUUACACAUUAUAACAGUUGACCGUCUCAAAACUUUUGAAUGCAAAUAUUCAAACAGUCAGUGUUUCAGUGCUUUUUCUAUGACUAUACUACAGAGGAACUGAACAGCAAAAUUCACAACAGGUGUUUGAACCAUGAAUUGCACAGUAAAUUUGCAAGGACGUCCAUUUUAAUGCCUAUUUUGUGUGUGUGACUCUUCCCCUCUUAUCUAUAUUGCAAUCUGCUGAUGACACACUAACACUAAGCCAGUGACUCCCAACCCGUGGGCUAUGGCAGUAGCAGAUUAGUUGAGCAUGGGAGAAUAAUAAGGUGUGCUGCAAAAAAAGUAUCCAAUUCCACUUAACUGUUUGAAAAAUAUUUACUACAACUAAUGUAUAUUGCUUUAAAUAUGUAGCAAUGUAUAGUGACAGGCAGAACAAAUACAUGCUCUUGUUGCAUGAAGUUCAAUUAACCUGUGUGUUCAUUUUUUAUUAAAUUGUUGUGAGGUCUUGGGGGUUAAUGUAAAAUAUGUGCUUUGGUUCAAUAAAGGUUGGAUACUGUAAUCUAAAUUCAGUGACUACUUCCCACAAAGGGCAGCUGUUUAAAUGCCGAUUCUAACUGAACCAGGAAAUGUAAUUGAUUUAUACUACUCAAAUGCCUGUUGUGAAUUGUGUUGUUCAACUUCUUACUAGAGGGAAGCAACGUGUGCAAAAACUAUGGCAUCAAUGUACACUUUUGUAUCCCAAAUUUUAGAGGUCGAAUUAAUUGAAUUGAAUUGAAUACAACUUUGUCAAAUGCACUGUACCACAGUUCAUGCGUUACGGUUACAGUGCGUUUUAUAUUCUUCCUGAAAAUUCACCCAUACAAAUAUCCUUACAUUUUUCUGAGUCGUGUAAAUAGAAAUAUGAUCAAAUGAAUAAAUCAAUUCCAAGAAAAAUACAUUUAAAACCCACAAAUAAACACCUACGCAAUUCUGCAAUAAAAUAAAACAACCACGGUAAAAAUAAAAGGAACUCUCACGAUACCGUGUCUUUGAAUAUAUGGUUGAAAUUAUGAAGGAUUACUAGGGCCACAUUUUAUUUUAUUUUAUUUAUUUUCAUGUUUGCAAGCAGUGUUAAUAUGAGACAUCUUUGACCUACAUUUUUUGUUUUUAACGAUUUGUCUCCCUCUAGUGGACGACAUAACCCACUACACUAUUGGUAACCCCUUGCUCACGGUGCUAACCUAUUUCUUGAAGUCUCCAGCUAUGUACAAAAUGAAAAAGGUGGUUAAAAAAUACAUCCACGACCUUGCGUUUGCCGACGUCACCCUGCGCAUGACGCCAUCGCACCUCUUUAUCGACUUCCGGUCCUGCCGCUAACCUACCGAGGUCCAUCACCAUGGAGGUGAACCGGGAUGAGGCGGAGCGGUGCAUCGACAUCGCCGCCGCGGCGCUGGGCAGCGAGCAGCCGGACAAGGCGAGGAGGUUCCUGGAGAAGGCCCAGAGGCUCUUCCCCACCGAGAAGGCGAGGGUGCUGCUGGAGCUCAUCUCCAAGAACGGCUUCACACCCAGACAAGGCGCACACAUGGACUGGAAUGGAAACUCAGGGCCUCGAUUACGACAGAACCAAAGUGACCAUAACAGACCUCAAGAGACCUCCUCAGAUACCUCAAAGUCCUACACCGCGGAGCAGGUGGCUGCUGUGCGAAGGAUCAAGCAAUGCAAAGAUUUCUACGAGAUCCUCGGUGUGCAGAAGGAUGCCUCUGAGGACGAACUUAAAAGAUCUUACCGAAAGCUCGCAUUAAAAUUCCAUCCAGAUAAGAAUCACGCUCCCGGUGCUACGGAGGCAUUUAAAGCCAUUGGGAAUGCGUACGCCGUCCUGAGCAGCGCCAACAAAAGACGACAGUACGACGCAUGCGGCGAGGAAAGGCAGCAUCCUUCCAGCCAGGCGGAUGGCAACUUUGACGCGGACAUUUCCCCUGAAGACCUCUUCAACAUGUUCUUUGGAGGAGGUUACCCAGCGAGUAGUCACCACGCAUACACAAAUGGAAGGGUGCAUCACCAGAGGCCACAAAGAAGAGAGCGGCCACGAGAUGGGGGCCUCGCCCUCUUCGUGCAGGUCAUGCCCAUCCUCAUCCUGGUUAUUGUGUCGGCUCUCAGCCAAAUUAUGGUCAAAGGUCCCACCUACAGCCUCAGCUAUCGUCCGUCGGCAGGCCACACGCAGAAGCGGCUGACGGAGAACCUGAAGGUGGCCUACUACGUGGCCGAGCACUUCCCCAAAGACGUCAACGACGGGAACCUCAAGCGCUUGGAGGAGACGGUGGAAGACGAUUAUAUCUCCAACCUGCGUAACAAUUGCUGGAAAGAGAAACAGCAAAAGGAAGGCAUGCUGUACCGAGCACGCUAUUUCGGUGACUCGGAUCUGUACCAGAGGGCGCAGAGGGCUCGGACGCCGAGCUGCGCCAAGCUGUCCGAGAUCACCGCCUCCUUACGCGGCUGAAGUCGCAUUGCCUCCCUCUUUAUUUUUGCAAACUGACCUAGCUGUAAAUAGAUGAGCUUCACUCCUGAAGACGACUUGACAUGGAACCCUUGACUCAGCGGCUCCUGCUAAACUGGUUAAAAAGUGACAAAGCAAAGGGUAAGGAUGAGCUCCGGGCCACCAAACUGUGUUUCAUAAGCCUGUGGCACCGGAUUUCUUUUUGUGGGCGCAUUUAAUCAAUAAGAAAGUUUGGGCAUUCGGCUUCAGUUUUGCACCUUCGAAGCAACCCUUUUGAAUCUAUGCAGAAAUCAUGCGAAAACACGCGUAUUGCCCUAUCACCUCACAUAUGUUGUCAUUGAUGUCUCGGCCACAGUAGUGUGCAAAGACUUUCAGAAAUUCACGGUUAGAUUUCUUUUUUUUAGCAAUGCUAGCAUGCCCAUAAACAGUAAAUUCUAAAGUGACAGUCACGUGAGUCGUGGGGGUGGAUUUUGAAAGUGUCACAGAUGGUCAAAAUCGUAACUUUAACUCUGUAGCCCCAAACACUAAACCCCGAUGGUGGUCCCAUCUCGAACGGCACCCUGUGCGAGACCCCAACCGCACUCCCCGACCACCACGAACAACCUGUUAGGCGCACACACCCGCCAUCUCUUCUCGUUUGACAGUAGGCGAUUCCAGAAGGCCACAGAUGGGUGCAAAUUCCCCAUACGCAUGCCAAUGAUUGACAUGUCAAUCAUUGACAAUAGAUGCCAAUGCCAAUAGAAGACCACGUCUGAAUUUCGGCACGUGUUCUGGCAUCGACGGCAGACAUCUCACUGAAAGCAACGUGCAGCGGGUACGCACCACAAACAAGCAUGUGGAAAUGUUUGACUAAAAACAAGGCCAAGGACCAGAGACAAAUAUACAAAAAUGGCCACUUAGUCGAUGAAACGAGAACCAUCAACAUUUUCCCGUGACUCUAACCUCUAACCUUGGCCUCCGCCAAAGCCCGACUGUUCACAUCAGUUAAAAAAAAAUAGAGAGGCAUGCCAUUUGGCUACUUCUUGGUCUGUAACUCAUUAAACGGCGAUCGAAAAUUCCGAUAACUGCACCUUUAUCCAUAUUGGCGUCUUCCUUUGCCCAUGUGCCACCCCUCACCAAUCCAAUUUGCCUCUCACAUGUGUCUCUCGGCCUUUUUACUCUUGCUGAGGAAAAAGGUCAUUCAAACAAGCCUAUUGGCGGAUCGAGACCUUCGCACAAUACUUCCUUGUUGUCAAUAUGUUUGUCUCGGUUGGAAUAAUUGUAUUGUCAGUCACCUGAAAACUCUUCCCACCGUGUUUUUAUCGGGCGGUAUAGCGGAAUGAAAUAAAAAGUGAAAAUGCUUCACAA